GGUUACAUGUCACCAGAGUAUGCUAUGGAAGGGACUUUCUCUGUGAAAUCUGACGUCUUCAGUUUUGGUGUUUUACUCUUGGAAAUUGUGAGUGGAAGGAGAAAUACUACCUUCUAUCAUCUUGACCGUUCACUCAACCUCAUUGGAUAUGCAUGGGAGCUCUGGAAAGAAGGAGCUGCAUUGGAGUUAAAGGAUCCAAUACUAGGUGAUUCGUGCACAGAACAUGAACUGUUGAGAACCAUUCAUGUUGGUCUUUUAUGUGUUCAAGAAAGUGCAACGGACAGACCAACCAUGUCAGAAGUCAUCUCUUUGCUCGGUAAUGAAACUAUGCCUUCAGUUGCUCCCAAACAACCUGCAUUUUUCACUGGAAAGAAUGUGCUCAAUUCAGCUUCGCAUGAAUGUUCUGUAAAUGGUUUGUCCAUUUCCAUAACAGAAGCCCGAUAAGAUUAUCCAUUCCGAUACAUUAAGUGAGUCUAUCGAUGAUGCGUAAGUAAUCAACCAUUGAAAAAAAUGACAUGAUUUAGUCAUUUGGCAAUUCUUUUGAUUUUUUAUUUGUUUUUUGGAAUUCUUGUGUAACAUGGUGUUUAUGUGUCGACGGCAAUCCAUAAAUUCGUUGGAUAAAAAUUAUAUACUUUG